AUGGCUUGGGCGACCCGGGUUUGUGCGGAGUUGCUGAGGGGCGGGGUGUGGCUUUGGGUUUCCCCCGGGGAGGAGGAGCUUGUCUGCCGCGGGCGGAGCUGCGGGCGGGCCCGGCUCGGGCUGCGCGCAUCUGCCAGUCUCACUUUUACCCUCUCUGCAGCAGCCAGCCUGAGCCAUGGGGCGUCGCUCCCUCCUGCUCCUGCUCCUGGCUUUCCUGACUCCUGGGGCCGCCACACCCGUACCGCCGGCCCUGAGGGCCCUCAGCAGCCUGCACUUGUCAACCAGCUUCAGAUCCCGUCCCGCUGUUGCCAUGAAGUACUCGAUUCACUACAUCCAACAGAAGUUUGCUUGGUUGAAGGUGGAUUGGAGAAGAAAGAAGAAUCAGAGGUUGAUCAUUUUGGAUUUCAUACUGAUAAAACUUUUAAACAACGGUACCUAAUAGCUGAUAAACAUUGGAAGGAAGAUGGUGGAUCUAUACUUUUCUACACUGGUAAUGAAGGGGACAUUAUCUGGUUUUGCAAUAAUACGGGGUUCAUGUGGGAUGUGGCUGAGGAACUGAAAGCUAUGUUGGUGUUUGCUGAACAUCGAUAUUAUGGAGAGUCCCUACCCUUUGGUGCCAACUCCUUCAAGGAUUCCAGACACUUGAAUUUUCUGACAACAGAGCAAGCUCUGGCUGAUUUUGCAACGUUAAUCAAAUACUUGAAAAGAACAAUCCCAGGAGCUAGAAAUCAACCUGUCAUUGCCCUAGGGGGCUCUUACGGUGGCAUGCUUGCAGCCUGGUUCAGGAUGAAGUAUCCUCAUUUGGUGGUUGGAGCUCUUGCAUCCUCUGCCCCCAUCUGGCAGUUUGAGAAUAUGGUACCUUGUGGUGUAUUUAUGAAGAUUGUAACUACAGAUUUUAGGAAAAGUGGCCCAAAUUGUUCAGAGAGUAUCCGCAGGUCCUGGGAUGCCAUUAGUCGACUCACAGAAAAGGGUACUGGCUUGCACUGGCUUUCUGAAGCCCUUCACUUAUGCACUCCAUUAACAGAAUCUCAGGAUGUUCAGCAUUUGAAAGACUGGAUCUCUGAAACCUGGGUGAAUCUGGCAAUGGUGGACUACCCUUAUGAGUCCAACUUUUUACAGCCUUUGCCUGCUUGGCCUAUCAAGGUAGUGUGCCAGUAUUUGAAAAAUCCCAAUGUAUCUGAUACAUGGCUGCUGCAGAAUAUUUUCCAAGCUCUGAAUGUAUAUUACAAUUAUUCGGGCCAGGCGAGAUGCCUGAAUAUAUCAGAGACAGCAACCAGCAGUCUGGGAGCCCUGGGUUGGAGCUAUCAGACCUGCACAGAAAUGGUCAUGCCCUUCUGUUCUAAUGGUAUUGAUGACAUGUUCGAACCUCACUCGUGGAACUUUAAGGAAUUUUCUGAUGACUGUUUUAAACAGUGGGGUGUGAAACCAAGGCCCUCUUGGAUCCCUACUAUGUAUGGAGGCAAAAACAUCAGUUCACACACGAACAUCAUUUUCAGCAAUGGUGAAAUAGACCCGUGGUCAGGAGGUGGAGUAACUAAGGAUAUUACAGACACCUUACUUGCGAUCGUCAUCCCAGAGGGAGCGCAUCAUCUAGAUCUCCGAGCCAACAAUGCCUUUGAUCCCGUCACUGUGCUAUUAGCCCGCUCCUUGGAAGUGAGACACAUGAAGCAGUGGAUCAAAGAUUUCUAUGCAAGUCUGGGAAAGAUGCACUGAGUAACGUUAGAUCAUUUUCAGUUUCUUCUUUUAAGUUCAUUCCACCCACACUUCCAUUCACUUUGGUUUUCUGUACAUAAUUACUUUCCCUUGUUUAUUAGAUUUGGUGUGGUGAAGGUUGAGACAGAAGAGAACGUGAUGGUGGUGAUAGCAGCCAUCCAAUGACCUGAGUCCUUGCCAUCUUUGUGCCACCUCCAGGAAGAAUUUCUUCAUGACAGCUUUCCCACACCAUCAGUGGCCUUGAUAACUAGAGCAGAGUAUUGACUGCCUUUCACAAGAGGGGGGAGUCACUUCCUUGGUUUCUCUGAAAGCAGGGAUUUAUUGGUUUCGAAGUUGAAGUCUCUUUGGCCCAUUUGUCACUAGCCCCUCUUCUACUUUCCCAAAAGGAAAAGCAGAAGAUGGAUAAAAAUGAUGUAAUUGCAGCUGGUAGGAAGGAUAUCCAGUGCCAAACCAGGAAAUGGGAACCAUUUCUUUUGUGCUUGAUUUAAUGACUUUGAACUGUGCUGUAAAUAAAGAAUAGGGCUGGACCUUA